CUCGAGAAUGGAUCGGUCAUCUACAAUCUUGCAGAGAAGGGCGCCAAUGUACGAAUCACCAGCGCCGGCGGUAUCCACUGUGUUCGCACGGAAAGGAUCAACAAAUCCAUGGAAUUUCUGCAAUUUCACUCACGAGAACAAAACAUCAUCCGACCAGUAGAAUUGAACCUAAAGACGUGAAUGCAAAAAAUAGGCAUUUUAUGCGCUAUCAAAUAAAUUAGUAUGGUUUAUGGCAAUCUCGUAGUUUGGAGAAAACGAAAGGGGCUGAUUUGUAAAUUUACUUCCGGGUCGUGGCCCCGACCGUGAGGGUGAGAACGACGCUAAUAGGGGGGAAGGGAUAUUAUCGGAGGAGGUGAAGCGCACCAGAGGAACCAAAGAGGCGAUAGCCCUAACGGUCCCAUGCACGGUGGGUUGACUUUCUACCGAUGUUGAUCCAAUCGUAUCUGGCCACGUCAUCCAUUCCCUGAACCCGCGCACUCUCUCUCACCAUCUUGACCUAAUCGUUCGUCGUCCCCGGAGCUAUAUCUGCCGGCGGCGAAUUCCCAGAAUAUUCCGAUAUGGAUUACAGGAUUGAAAAUGAUGUUGCAGCUGGGAUGAUGGGAAAUCCAGAUGGACUAGAGGAUAACACCAGCGAGAGCCAGAAUGAAACGGGUCAGAAUUCCAGUCAAGCAAUGCUCGAGCAGGAUGAAGAUCAUAAGAUAGAUCCAGAUUCUGUCGAGGGGGAUAUCCCUGUGGGAGUUCCAACCAUGCCAGAGGUACCAGCCGAUGAGCCCUAUGUUGGGCAGGAGUUUGAUUCCGAAGCAGCUGCACAUUCGUUUUACAAUGCAUAUGCCUCACAUGUAGGAUUCGUCAUCCGUGUAAGUAAACUCUCGCGGUCGAGGCAUGAUGGAUCUGCCAUCGGUAGACAACUUGUCUGUAACAAAGAGGGUUACAGGUUGCCAAGCAAACGUGACAAGAUUAUCAGGCAAAGGGCAGAGACAAGGGUUGGUUGCAGGGCUAUGAUUUUGGUGAGAAGAGAAGAUUCCGGGAAAUGGGUUAUUACAAAGUUCAUCAAGGAACAUACUCAUCCUUUGAUGCCUGGAAGGGUUCGAAGGGGUUGCAUUUACGAUCAAUACCCGAACGAGCACGACAAAAUCCAGGAGCUAACAUUGCAGCUAGCAGCAGAGAAAAAGAGAGCUGCGACUUACAAAAGGCAUAUAGAGAUGCUCUUCGAGCAAAUUGAACAGCAAAACGUGAGCCUCUCAAAGAGAAUCCAACACAUAGUAGACAGUGUGAGGGAGAUAGAGCAGAAAGACAUAUAGACAGAGACUUUGGUCUCAAAUCCUCCCCCGUUUCAUUCUUCUGCAACAGCUAAUAUAGGAGUUAUAUGUCUUCUUGGUUUUUUUCCCUGAUGUUCUUGCACCUAGCAGAGAUCAGUUUUGCUCUGUUCUUCCUUCUUUUCCCUUUGGUUAUAUCACAGGUAAGUUUUCAAAGCUGAGUUUGCAAGUGUCUUGAGAGUUCUUGUUUUGAUGUUUCUGCCAUUGUUUUUGUUCAGAAGAAAAUAAAAUCAGGGUUUUGAUUUGUAGGAGAAGCACUUAGGUAUGGUUGUUUUUUUGUAUGUACAGUCCUUUCAUCCUGUAAGUUAAUUCAAAGCUCCAUUAAGAUCCUCUGCUUCUGAGCUGUUGUACAAUUUCAUUUUCAUUGAAUUCCGUUCUUUGUUGUAUAAAUAUCGAUUCUAUCACAGCUUAAUGUAAUGUUUCAAGGAUUUUUA